AUUUUCCACCGUGGUCAACACAGUCGGGCAGUGUCCGUCCGGCAGCUCGCGAUGUGGAAUUGUUCGUCGUGAAACGUCGAUUGAUAGGCGUGCAGAACGCGAAUCGACGAGACCGACGUCGCGGCCAAUUCGCCGCCUGUGGACAUGGCGAAUGUCCUAAUCGCGCAUUAAUCAGCGCGAAACGGCACGCCGAAAACUCGUUGGCUGCGUCGGCUGUCGGCAUCGCAAGAAAACGCGACGCGGCGACCGUAAACCGUCGUCGAAGCGCCGCCGAGCGGAAUCGUGCGAAGUUGUGCGGCUCGCCCGACGGAGAGAGAUGCUCGCGCGCACAUGGUGACAUCGUCUUCCGGGUUGCUGCAAUGAAGCACAUUGAAUGUAUAUGAAUGACAAUGGGCUGAAACGCUUGAAUGAUUAACACUUAUACAUAAUUAUCGCAUACUUAUUGUUAGUUAAUUUGCGCCAAAUAUGGCAGCAAUAGAAGAAAAGAAGCGAGUGGGUGGCUCCAAGGUAUCAGCCAUCGCAAACAUCUUCCAGUCCAAGCCGCAACUAGAUAAUCUGAGCCAUAGGACGAACAAUAUUCUGUCGGAUGGAUUUAAGGAGCCAACUGUUCCGCUGAAAGAGUCUCCGACGCAAGUAACAGUGGUCAGAACCGAGAGUCAUGUGGCGCGUUUCAACAAUGCUCGAGCUCUCUUUGAGAAACUUGGCGAGGAAAACAAAUCAAACAGACCAGUGGAACGGGUCACGAAGCCGAACAAUUUACACGGCCUUCGGUCACGUUCCAGCUCCGCGAAUUCGGGUUCCGGGUGCACCUCGCCGGCGAGAUCACCCCGUCCCCGCUCCCCUUCUCCUCCUGGCAGCCGCGAGCAUCUGAGUACGUGGAGCGCCAGCGUGCCAGCUUUGAAUGCGGAACGGCAUUUCGAAAAUGGCCACUGCGCGCCAGAGCGGCGUCCCAGCGCGGGCCUGAGUAAGUCCGAGCGAACGUUCGGCAAGGAAAACGACCGUCCGGAGAGGCCGGAAAAACCGGAGCGUCGGCCGAAUUCAAAGGAACUCAUCGAGAAGCAACGGAAUUGGACCAGCCACUUUUCCAAGACCAGGCCAAGCCGCUACAAUUCCGACCCGAACCGCUCGUUGGUGCAGACGUCUCUGAACUCGCAGAACACCCAGAGUCAGAUCAAACAAUCGACUUCCGUCGACGGGUACCAAAGCACAACGAGCUCGACGGCCAACGACUCCGCCAGUCCAGCCAUCAGGUCAGCGAGCUUCUGCUCGGCGCGCUCGCCGCCGCCGCCGCUUCCGCCUGUCAGGAACUCGUCCGCAGCUGGCAGGAGGGAACGGCCGGCUAGCAUCGCCGCCGUCAGCCCGUCUGAUUUGCCGGAGAGCCCGGAGUACGCGACGGUAGAGAGAUUUGACGAUAUCUCGCCGACGAUUCCGGAGUAUGCCGUUGUGCAAAAGACGAAGAAGCCUCAGGACAGUUCGAAGGAGAUUCAAGAUGGUGGCGCCGAGAUGAAUCAGGACUCCGCAUUGCCGGAAUACGCCGUUGUCCAGAAGAACCCCUCGAAGACGGCUUCGAAAUUAGCAGAUAGCUCCAAGGAGGCUUCCAAAUUUACCGCACAGAAUUUGAAAGGCGCGGCAACUCCUGGACCACCUCCAGGCAGUAAAGUUGUGACUUCAAAGUUAACUGAUGGUGCCAAGGAUGUUGUCAAGACUGCCGCACAACAUUCGAAGAGUUCAACAACUACGGAAGUAGUUUCGGGGAACAAAACUGUGAUUUCGAAAUCAGCGGAGGCCAUCAAAGAAGCUUCCAAGACCACUACACAAAAUUUAAAGGGUCCAUUAGUCGCGGAGGGAACUGCAGGAUAUAAAAGCGCGGUUUCAAGACCAACGGAGAGCACGAAAGAGACCUCGAAGACUUCCGCAGCUGCGGAGAAUAUACCAGUAAUCAGAACUACGGUUACCAGGCCGCCAGAAGACUCGAAGGAGGAGCCCGCGGAAAAUUUGAAAGAAAUCGCAAAAGGCUCAGCAGCUGCAGAAGGAGUUGCAAAUUUGAAAACUGCCGCGAACGAGUCGUCCGGGCAAACCAAGCCAUCGGUGGUGCUGCAGUGUGAGGUUUCUAGUCCAAUUCGAAGCGCCUCGAUGGACAACAUUCUAACGAGGAGAGAGAGCGAUCUGCUGGAGGCGCCGGAAUACCUGAACUAUCCACCGAGUCCGAUUCAUUCGCCGGCAAAGACCUCCGAAUGGCGUAACGAGUGGCUGGCGAAGAACGACGAGAUCUUGAAGAGAACCGUGGACUUGAAAGACCUGAAGUCUUCGUCGCGGGAAGCUCUAGAGACGGAACUGUGCGGCGAAGUGGUCAGGCCGGAUCCGAGACCCGACUGGGCCAGACCGAUCGCAACCGCGAAACGGAAAGAGAACCGAGAACCGGACGACAAGAGAACCGAGCAGAUACGUUCCCCGGAAUCCGAACUGGGUCUGCCGUCCGCGGGCACCGACAGUGCCUCGUCCAGCAUGAGCUCGCCUAGCUCACCUUCCAAGGACAGCAAGGAGGAGAAGGCGGAGAAGGAGAUGUCGGAGAAACAUCAGACAGGUCGCAACAGCUAUGACUUGGAAACAGAGGAUCAGGAGAAGCCGGCUACGUACCAGAGCUGCGUCUCGGACAUGGAGAGUUUCUCCGAGAAAGACCAAUUCAAGUUCAAUGAAACAGACACGACCACGGUCAUUCGGCGUUCCCAUGUACGCCUUGAUCUUCAGGCUGCAGGUCUGGGCCCACGUCCACCCUCCGUCAUCAGUUCCGAUCAAGAGUAUCCGCCGCUGGAACACAAAAACAUCCCUAUACCCUCUCCGUACGCGAAAAAGCUGCAGCAGAGUGAGGAGACCGUUUCGCAGAACAAUACCGAGUGCAAGACUCAAUCAAAGCCGAGCACGGAGACGAAGAAUCACAGCAACGCCACGGAAGUGAUAAAGAUGAAUUCGACGGAAACUGCGCUGGAGGCGAAGGCAAAGCCCGGUAACGAUGGCUUAUGCCAGAAGACAGUCUCGAACGCGAAGAACGAUCAAAUUAAAAUCAGUGUGAAAGAGAAGAUCGCGAAGAACAGGGAGGAGGUCUCCGGCAAGCGUUCCAGCUUCGUCGAGGCGGAGAGCAAGGUCGACAGUAUGGACAAAGACAACAGUCGCGGUCAAGAGAUCAACAAUUUCGGACUCAUCGCGAAGGAGGGCAAAGACGAAGAGAAAUACAUAACGGAGGUGGGCAAAUGUGAAAUCAGCAAUAGAAAGGAGUGCAUCGCGGCGGUGAACAGCGUUCUGAGCAAGAGGCUGGAGAGCAUGGAGCAGCCGCAGACGACGUGGGAGCAGGAGAAGCAGAAAGCUGAGCUGGCAAAGCUCAGGCUGUCGGAGAACUACAAUCAGGACGCCUCACCGGCGUCCAGCGUGCUCUCGCAGCGACAUUCCGGCAGGAAAUCCAUCGAACACUCUGCGUCGGAGAGCAGUCAACACGACGACAGUGAUUCCAGCGACACGAAGACCAUCGUCAAUGCGGAUUGCGCGACGAUAGAGAUGCAGAAUAGCUCCGCCGAAGUCGCCGAGACGCCCACGAAGACCAGUGCCAAUCAUAUCGCCCCUGUAACACCGGACACCAUGACGCCGGACGAGGCGGAGAAUCUGUUGAGCUCUCGCAUCUUAGAGAAGAAGAUCAGACAAGGUUCGGCGUUACUAUCGGAUGAGGAAGCACAGGAGAUAGCGAGGCUGUUGUCUCCUACCAGUGCUGAUGGUGCAGUAGGUGACGGGAUUUCUAAUGACAAGGAUAAGGAAGGACAGGACAGGGAUAGAGACGACCAGGACAACACGCCCGACUGGCUGUCCGAUGUCCUGUCUGCUCCUGAUUCCAGUCUUAUCAAUAGCGCCACUCAUGAUUAUAGUUUGUCUCACAGAUCUCGCAGCGACCUGACGAUAGACUCGUUAACCGAAAGUCAAGUAGGAUCAGUGACGGGAAGCGAGAGCGGACUGCUAGGCUCCGUCAGCAGCUUAAACGACACUCAGGAAGCUAACGACGAUACUGAAACCGAGCAACAAGACGACUACGUUCCGAUUCCAGGAAAAAUUAUACUCGUAGAGAAUGGUGUGCAUUAUUUCGAGGAUGGCCACUUUUGGAUGGAGGUGGCGGGAAUUCCGGAGUCCGACGAAGACGAUGAGGACUAUCCGUCCACUGUACCUAUCAAGAAGAUCACGAAAGUGUCUUUUGACACCGGCCCGAUGCGCGUUUAUUCCACGCAUUCUGUCAAUGAAUACGACCGUCGCAAUGAGGAUGUUGAUCCUGUGGCCGCCAGCGCAGAGUACGAGCUAGAGAAACGCGUUGAAAAAAUGGAGGUCUUUCCGGUGGAACUGAUGAAGGGUCCAGAAGGUCUAGGCCUUAGCAUCAUCGGGAUGGGCGUUGGUGCUGAUGCGGGUCUCGAGAAACUGGGCAUCUUCGUGAAGACAAUUACUGAGAAGGGGGCAGCUGCACGCGAAGGGCGAAUCCAAGUGAACGACCAGAUCGUCGAGGUUGACGGCAAAAGUUUGGUCGGCGUGACACAAGCUUAUGCCGCCAGCGUGCUCAGGAACACUUCCGGUCUUGUGCGAUUUGUCAUUGGCAGGGAGAGAGAUCCCAAGAACUCGGAAGUGGCGAUGCUGAUUAGGCAAAGUCUCCAGGCUGAUAAAGAAAGGGAGCUGGCGAACGCUGCUAAUAGGAACUUAAUAUUUGCAAACAGGAAGCUCAACUUCUCCGAUGCUUCUCCCGACGGUCAACGAGGGAGCGAGGAUAUCUCCAUCGGCAGCGGGAUGAGCGGAAUCCCCGGUUCGCCGGCGAUGUCCUCCUGCUCGGAAGGGGAACCACCUCACAGCCCUAUCGAGAAUUACCUGUCGCCUUCUAGUCGCAGCCGAUCUCCGAUACUCAGCUCGUCCAUGCCAGCGCACGUUGCUACCACCCAAAGCGACGUGGAUAGUCUGAGACAGCUCUUGCAAGAGAGUCAAUAUAAACUUGCAUUAGCAGACGAGGAAGUCGAAAAGCUCAAAGCAAAGCUGGUGGAAUUGGAAAACAGUGGAGCAGGCAGCGAGGAGUAUGCGGCUAAGCUGCGAGAAUCGGGAUUACGCCUCCACGAGUCGGAGAGAGCGCUGGGCACCGCUCGCCAGGAUCUGUCGACGGCCCGGGAAAUGCUGGCCCAGGCGACGGCGCAGAACGCGGUCAUGCAACAGAAGUACGCCAGGGCCAGGAGAGCCGCCAGGGAGCUGCGAGCGGACAUCACGGCUCGCGAUGAGUUCUACCAGCAAUUGUUGCAGGAAAAAGAUACAGAGUACAACGCGCUGGUGAAGAGUUUAAAGGACAGAGUGAUCACGCUAGAGGUGGAGUUGACGGAGACACAAAGGCGAUUUGGUCUACCGGUACGGUUGCCGUACGAUAACGCCACUGCCAGGAUAGUAACACCGCAGCUCUCUCGCAGGCAACUGCCGCCACCGCCUUCGUCGAGCAGCUGCCAACUCUCCGACACGGAGACCUCCGAUCUCAGCAGCCCAGACGAUGGCGACAAGACUGCUACUGUCGAAAGAAAACUGCCACUACCGUUGCCGGUGAAGGAGGAGCUGGAUCGCGCUGUACCGGCCCAUCGUCUGCUGGACAACUCCGCCGGCAAGAGUAAGGCGGAGCUGGCGAGCAGAGGCGGUCUGGCAAAUCGCCAGCUGCCAAAGCGGUCUGGAGGUCUCAGCAACAGCAGUUCUGAUUACGGACUGGACGAAUCGGGCGACAAUACGGAUGAUGAUUCCUCGUCGAAACUCACCUCGCAGGACAGCAGGUCGCCCAACGACUUGAAGCAGUCCAACCUGAGUUCCUACUCCAGCACUUCGUCCAUCAGCUCGCUUAAAGGCAAGGCGCACAUGGAUCCUAUACAUCCUACUGCGAUCCGACAGCACAGCACCAUCAGCUCGCAAGUCAGGGCGAUGACCGAGCAGAGCUGGCCUCAGUCGCAGAAGACAACUUUAACCGGACCACCUGCGUCGCUGGCGGAGCAACUGAAGCAGGUCUUAGCCGAGAGAGAAAAACGACUUGGCGGAAACGAUUCCUCGAGAGAGAGUUCCGGAGACUUCAGCGAUCUCAAUCUUCAUAAUAACGAUCCGACCAUGGUCACGCAUCAUCUUGUAGAGGAGAUACGACAAGCUGUUAACGAGGCUAAUCAAAGAGUGAAAAAAGUGUCGAUUCCUCCGUCGAAUUUGAUCGGCAGUGGAGGCGCGCCUUGGCAUCAUCCAGGAAGUUCUCCGUCAAGCUUAUCCUCUGGCGGUUCUAUCAGUCCUCCUGGAAUCGAUCCUACUGGCAUCGCAGAUUCGAGCACAGUUUGGUUGCCCGCUCACCUAAGCGACUUUGGUUUAGGUGACAAGAAGUCUCACUUUUGGCAGAACGCGCCGGUCACUGAUUGGUCCAAAGAACAAGUUUGCCAAUGGUUGACGGGAAUCGGUUUGGAACACUUUUCUCCUCAAUUUUUGGAGAGCGGCAUUAACGGGAGCAACCUGCUGCGUUUGGAAUCGAGAGAACUGAAGGCCCUGGGGAUCUACAGCGAAGCUAAAGCGCAUUUGAAGCGCAAACUGAAGGAAUUAAGGGCCCAGGCCGAUCGUGAGCGCAAAGAGCGUAAGGAAAUCGAGCGAAUGCGACGAAAAGCGGAAAAAGCUGCGCGGAAAAAAUAGCUUACGUAUAAACUAGAUUCGUUUGAUAUCAGUUAAGCAUCCGGUAAGGCGAUGCAAAUUUUCUGAAUGCGAGAUGUACAGGGUAUCUCGAAAGAGGUAGACGAAAAAAUUAAUAAUAAGUAUUCAUCGGAAUUCAUUGACGAGUUAUAUAUUUUUAGGAAAAAAUUGGAAAAUUUAUUUUUUGUGAAAAUUUUUGAGGAAAAAAGAAGUUAAAUGUAGAACUAAAAAAAUGACGCCGUCCAUUUUUCAUACAGGGUGUCACAUAGAAAAUUACAUGUUCUUAAAAAAAGUAUUAUUCGAUAAGAUAAUGAAAGAAUUUAAUACAAACAAUUCCUUCGAAUUGUGCUUGUUUGAUAUUGACAUUCAUUAUCAGUUUAUCUUUUAAAACAAUUAAUUUAAUGAUUGAGUUCCAGACAGUAAUUGAGA